UUUCAUCCCAUCCUGCAAAUUCACAUACGAAUGGAUAAAUUUAUUUCCGAAUGGAUAGAUUCAUUUUCUGAGGCCAAGCUUUGAGCCAGAAAAGAAUGGAAAUUGGAAAGCGAACAAAGACGCCCAUAAAUUCGUUAUCUUUUGCAAAUAUUCAAAAAAUAAAAGGAAAUUAAAGUAUGACGCUGACAAAAAUCGCUCUGUAUAAAGACAGGUCGAGUGUUGGUUGCGUGAGUGAUGGCGGAUGCUACUAGAGAACUCCUACAUUAGCCACACACCUGCUUUCUUCCUACCCCAGAAAUCCAUCUUCUUUUUUAUCUUCAACCUCUCACUCUAUCUAGCAUUGGGAAGAGAUUGGAUUUAAUCAAGAUUGAAUCUUUUUCUUUUGCUGGGCAUACAGAAUGGCUGUAUCUAUGGCUUCUAGUUGCAGUAAUUUUGGGCUCUACACCAAUUUGAAGCAACCUAAUUCAAGGGCAUCUUCAUUAAUUUGCUCUUUUGGGUUGGAUCCACUUCAGCUGUCAUGCAUUCAUCCCAAGAAAAGCCUAUCGUCUUCCAUGAGUAGUGCAUUUAUACCAAAAGCGUCACCACCUACUGCUGUGGAGGGUGGAAGUUCUCAGGAUACGGAUGUAGUUCCCACUCCCAUCGUAAUAAUAGAUCAAGAUUCUGAUGAAGAUGCUACUAUUGUUGAAAUCACCUUUGGGGAUCGUCUUGGAGCUCUCCUCGAUACAAUGAAUUCUCUCACGAGUCUUGGACUGAAUGUUGUUAAGGCUAAUGUAUACCUAGAUGAUACGGGCAAACACAACAAGUUUGCUAUUACUAAAGCUUCGACUGGAAGAAAGGUUGACGAUCCGGAGCUUCUUGAGGCGAUCCGUUUGACAAUUAUCAACAAUCUGCUUGAGUAUCACCCGGAGUCGAGUGUUCAGUUGGCGAUGGGGGCUGCAUUUGGCGUCACUCCACCAAAAACGAUCGAUGUGAAUAUUGCAACGCAUAUCCAUGUCUACGAUGAUGGUCCUGAGCAAAGCUUGCUCUCUAUAGAAACAGCCGAUCGUCCAGGAUUGCUGGUGGAUCUCGUAAAGAUCAUCACUGAUAUAAAUAUUACUGUUAAAUCUGGAGAGUUCGACACUGAGGGCUUGCUGGCCAAGGCGAAAUUUCAUGUAAGCUACAAUGGCAAAGCCCUUAUUAAGCCUCUUCAGCAGGUUCUUGCAAACAGUCUGCGAUACUACUUGAAGAGUCCAAGCACAGAGGAAUCGAGUUUUUGAUACAUGUGAGAAGAUGCAUUUCAUUAGAAAUCAUCACUAAUUUUACAAAGCAUCUGUUUUUACCCUAUAUUCAUAAUCUCUUAACACCAAUAAUUGUUGCUUUGUUCUAUUCUACUGCUGCUAUCAUUUUAAACACAAUUGGUUGCAACUCUUCCAGAAAUAUAAUUUUGAUAGCAAAUAGUGUUAGUA